UGAUUUUAUAUAAAAUCGAAUUCGUUUGCAUAGUGUUUAAUAAAAAGAUGCCAGUGAAUUAAAUUAUUAUUUACUAAAGCUAAAUGGAGAACAUAUUUUCGCUGCAGCAGCAAUACGGCUGUCAACAAGCUUCGCUUGGUGGUGAACGACAACCAUCAUCAACCUCAUCACUAGCAAAGGUUGAGAGUUAGUUGGCAAUCAAUCUGAGACUUCAGAUCACAAAAGCAUAACUUAGAACAAAGUUACGACGCAUUUUACAAGGGUGCUAGAGCGACGCUAUUACAUAGACUUAAACAACAUCAACUUAACCCAUUUCGUAUAUCGCAUAAUCUUUUCAUUCAACCGAAUAUACGCACACAAACACAAUGAGAAAUACAACGAAACGAAAAUCUGUGGCAACCGACCAAAUGAAAAACGAAACAUUUAAAACCACAACAAGAGCAGUUACAAAGACAGCGACAGCAAUAGCCUCAACAGCCAUAAUAGUUGAGCAGAACGAAGACCUGUUACAGCAACGUUUGUUGCCGUUACGCUCGUUAACGUUGUCAUCUGCAACAUGUCAUGUUGACGAUGUACACAACAGCCAAGUACAAAAACACCAAAAGCAGCAGCAGCACCAUCAACACUAUCAGCGAAAUCAUCAGCAUAAGCUUCAUGAAAAGCCACAAGUUACAAAAUUGUCAGGCCACACAACGUUACAGCAGCUACCGAGAAGACAACUCACAGCCGUUGCAAUAGUCAUGUGCUUGUAUAUGUUUUCCGGUCUUGUGUCGCUAGCAAAUGGUUUGGCAAAUUGUCCGAAUAGCUGUCAGUGCGAUGAUGAUAUCCUGGUGGUUAAGUGCGGCGAGGGCACCUUAGAUGUAUUGCCCAUUGCUCUGAAUCCUUCCAUACAACGGUUGAUAAUUAAAAACAAUAAAAUCAAAACCAUCGAUUCACCGAUACAAUUCUACGCAGAGCUGACAUUCCUCGAUUUGUCCUACAACGAUUUGGUGACUAUACAUCAACGCACUUUUGCAUAUCAGCGUAAGUUACAAGAAUUGCACUUGAAUCACAAUAAAAUUGGACAAAUCACGAGUAAAACCUUUAUCGGUUUGUCAGCGCUUAGUGUUUUAAAUCUACGCGGUAAUUUGUUAGCUGAACUAGAAGAUAUAACUUUUUCUCCAUUGGGCAAAUUGGAAGAACUAAAUUUAGGGCAAAAUCGUAUUAGUCGAAUAAGCGCGAAAGCGUUUGAAGGUUUAAUAAAUUUGAAGGUCUUAUAUCUCGAUGAUAACACUUUAACCUCCGUACCCGCUUCCGACAGUUUUCGCUCCCUACCAAACUUAGCUGAAUUAUAUUUGGGUACCAAUUCUUUCAUGACAAUUCCGGCAGAGGCUUUUAGCGAAUUAAAAGGGCUAACACGUUUGGAUUUAAAAGGAGCUGGUCUCCAUAAUAUCUCGGCCGAAGCAAUGAGGGGUCUAGAAGGUGUACGCUACCUCGAUCUAUCUGACAACCGUUUACAGCACAUACCUCAAGCAGCUUUAAGUCAUUUAGAGCGACUAGAGGAUCUCUCCUUAGGACAAAAUGAUUUUACAGUUAUUUCCAGCGGGGCCUUUUCAGGUUUAAAAAAUCUGAAGCGCUUAGAAAUAACUGGCGCCCAAAGAUUAAGGCGAGUGGAAAAUUCAGCGUUCACAACGAACAGCAACUUGGAAUAUCUCAACCUAUCAACCAACAAAAUGUUAAGUGAAAUACAGGAAAACGCUUUUACUGGACUACCCCAUUUAAAGCAUAUUAUAUUGAAAGGUAAUCAAUUGCCAACCUUGGCUGAGGGCUUUUUCUCUUGGUCAGAUUUGCAUACUUUGGAUCUUUCUGAUAAUCCUUUGAUAUGCGAUUGUGAGUUGUUGUGGUUACGUUCCUUAUUAUUUGCUAAAAAUGGAACCAAUGAACAAAUAUUAGGUGUUGUAUGUUCUGCUCCCGCUUCUUUAAAAGGUGAAUCAUUAAAUGCCGUUACGCCGUCUAUGUUAGGAUGCUCUCAUGCCGAUGCAAAGCAACAAUUUUUUCUCGGUAUAUUGUUGGUAGUAAGCGCAGCCGCAAUAACUAUUUUGGCUUUGGUUAUAUAUACGUGCCGGAGAAAAAUUCGUGAAUUGCUUAAAGGGGAUUGGGGUAACCCUGCCUUGGGGCGAAAGGAAAGAGAAUAUCAGAAAACAUUCUCAGAUGAAGAUUACAUGACGCGCCAACCACAAAUGCCGUGCCCUUUGCAAGCCAAUGUUCCCUACGCUACUUCUAGCAGUGGUUAUGGUCAACAGGCCUUACAGUAUAUGGGCUCUCGUCCUAUACCUGUAACUGAGCUAUAGCUAGAAGCACCUCCCCCGCCUCUGCAUCGAGGUCGGGGAACAGUCAACAGCAGCACAUUGCAACAAUUGCAGGUAGCGAACAGCUGCGGUCCUGUACCCGACAAUCAAUCGCCCUUUAUGCAACUGGAACAGAUACAAGUGAUGAGCAACAACUCUCAUUGUUUAACUGCCACUUCCUCCAGUUACUUUUCACAACAAGAUAUGCGAAAAUCUUUGCAGGGGAAAUCACAUACCAUGUCCUCUUUACCGCGCCAUGCUGGUAAUCGUAAUCAUCAUCAACAGCAAGAAAGCUCUUUGACGCACAAUCACAUUUACACACAGCCUUUGAACCCUUGUAGUGGUUUGAUAGCCAACAGCCACUAUAACAGUUGUAAAGCUAACACUACUGAGCGCCAUGUACGUUUAACUCAGGAUCAUUUCAAUCAUAACAAUACGACACUUCACCACAAAUAUAACAACAACAAACAGGGUAGCGGCGGUGGUGGUGCUUUGAGUAUAAAUCACACGCACACUCUCGAUGCCAAUUACUUGCAUCACAAUGACUCCCAUUAUUCUCUGCCAGUGGACCAUAAUUUAAGUAAUUGUUACACUAGUCCUCCGUCCACGCCUACACCCACCCCACCGCCGCCAGCCUUGCCAAUGCGUAAUGGUAUUUGCAGUACAACAGGACGACAUACUUCUUCUUCUAGCAACAAUAAUAACAACAACAAUAGUAAUAAUACAAACAAUAUGGCAACAUUAAUGCGCGAUAACAACAGCAAUAGCUUACGGCAUCAAUAUCACUGAUAUCAGCUGCAAAAGUAUCGAGAGCAUGGCACCAAAAAGGGAAAUUUUGGGGCUAAUGCGGUAUUCAGAGAACUUUCGGUCUUUGACAAUUUUGAAUUGAUUGAAAUGAGUGCAAUAUUACAUUAAAAAUUAAUGAAAAAGAAGACGAAGAAAAACGACGAG